ACACGCACUGACCAGCCCCUCGUUACUUCAGCUGUCACUUCUCAGUCUCGCUUUGACCGGUGUUGUCCUGUGGUGUCUUCAAGCAUGGGCCUAAUCACGGGAAUUUUUGCUUUUCUUUACCAUUUUCCACAGAUUUACAAAUGGCUCCUCAAACCGUAUUAUAUCAUCUCGUUUCUUAUGACCGUUGCAUUUCUUGCUGUGCGAAAAGCGCCUGGACUUUGCGAACACUUGGCUUCACAACGAGAAGACGGCAACUCCUGCGACUUUGACUGGAGAGAAUGGGAGAUUCUAAUGUUCCUUUGUGCCAUUGUGAUGAUGAAAAACAGGAGAGCCAUUACUCUGGAGCAGCACAUUGGAAACAUUUUCCUCUUCAGCAAAGUGGCAAAUGUGAUUUUAUUCUUCAGACUCGACAUUCGACUCGGGAUCCUUUACGUCGUACUCUGUCUUGUGUUUGUGAUGACCUGUAAGCCACCUCUCUACAUGGGACCAGAAUAUAUUAAAUACUUCAGUGACAAGACCAUAGAUGAGGAGCUUCAGCACGAUGGUCGUGUCACAUGGAUUAUUGAAUUCUAUGCAAACUGGUCAUCCGACUGCCAGUCAUUUGCUCCUGUUUUUGCCGAUCUUUCCCUCAAAUACAACUGUGCUGGACUUCGGUUUGGCAAAGUGGACAUUGGACGCUAUGGAGAAGUUUCUCAAAAGUACAGGGUUAGCACAUCACCGCUGGCAAAGCAGCUUCCAACACUGGUGCUUUACCAAGGAGGUCGGGAGAUCAUGAGACGCCCAAUGGUUGACAACAAAGGAAGAGCUGUAUCUUGGACUUUUAAUGAGGAAAACAUUAUCAGGGAAUUUAACCUAAAUGAGAUCUUCCAAAAAUCCAAAAAGCUUAACAAAAGUCGUGGGUUGAAAGAAGAUGGACCAAACGGUUUUGAGCCAGAAGAGGACAGUAAUGAGUUUGAAACAGAAAACCAAACUGAGAGUUCAGAGAGCAAGAAGGACAAGUGAUGGAGAUGUGGGGUUAAGUCUAAGAUGUCUGUGUAAUCCCUCAGACGUCCAAGUAUGAGCCAUAGUGAAAGAAAAAUAUAAAAUCUAUCAGCUGGACAAAAAGUUGUAGUGAAGACGUUUUGCAGCUCAUCCAAGCCGCUUCUUCAGUUCUGGUCAGAUUACUGGUGGACACUGCCUUAUAUCUAUCUGAAGGGAGGAGCUAACAGCACUGAAACAAAAACACCAAUUGUUUACAGUUUACAGUUUACAGUAAACAGAUCAAACUGAACUGAAGAAGCGGUUUCGAUGAGCAGCAAAAUGUCUUGACUCCUACUGCUUUUUGUUCAGUUGAGAUUCUCUUUUUUUUUUUUUAAACUUCAAAUCUAAGAUGUUGUCAAUCAUCAGCAUUAUUUAUAAAUGUGCCAUUGGGCCUUAUAUUAUGAUAUCAAAAGUUGAAGGUCAUUAGACAGCUGUAACACAUGUAUGCUUGAGUAACUGUGCUGCUAAGACAGUGUGGUCUAUUUACAUGUAAUUGUAUGGGUUGGACUUUAAACCCAGCAGUCAACUUGAAUAUUUACAUAUCAAAAUGAUUGUGUUGCCUGAAAAGAUGUAUUUAUUGGUAGUUUGUCAUCAAUCGUUUACUGAAGCUUUUUUCAUAUGUUUGAUUAUCCAAAUGCCAGAAUUAAAUGUUUUACUGGAACACC